UAAACAAACCAAAAACCACUGCAAAUUUUGAAAAAAAAAAUGUUUUUUCUUAGUUUUUGUUAUACAAUUUUGUAAAUAAGUGAUUUUUCUCCUUCACACUGAUGUGCGCUAAUGAGGCUGCAGUGAUGGGCACUGAUAGGCGACACUGACUGGCACUGAUAGGUGGCACUGACUGGCAGCACUGAUAGGUGGCACUGAUUGGCAUUGAUAGGUGGCACUGACUGGCACUGAUGGGUGACAUUGAAAGGCAGCUCAGAUGGGCACUGAUAUAUGGCACUGAUGUGCACUGGUAUGGACUGAUAUGUGGCAUUGCUGUGGCACUGGCACGUGGCACUGACAGGUGGCACUUCUGGGGCCACACUGAUCAUCAGGGCACACUGAUCAUCACUGUCAGCGUGACAGCUCGAGAGGAG